AGCAGCAACACCUCUCCUUAAAGAGUGUUUGACUCCUUUGUGUGUGUGUGAUUACGUCUCAUAGCGCUCCUUCACAUGUUUACUCGUAUUUGACGUUCUACGUGCAGACUCCAUCCAAUUUCAACACACGGAGAUAGAAAGGGACUUUACAGGUUUCAAUCUUCGCCAUCUGUCUCAUCCCGUCUUGUAGUUCGAGAUGUCGCGAAACGGUGAGGUAGAGAGGCUGAUCGUCUUUGCGAGGGACUUUGCUGAGUUGUACAUGCGAUUUUCGAAGCACUUCAUCAGUUUUGACGCCAUCUCCAUUGAAAGCUUCGCGGAGGUCUUCGACGCCAGCAAGGUCGAGUACCUUCACUACGGUGGCGGCACCGCCUUAGACCGUCCCUUUUUUCCGGCCAUCACAGAUGACCUCCUCCAGCUCAGCGCUGCCUACCUCGCGAUUCCCGCCGAGGUGGCGCCACGCAUUGUCCGCACAUUCGGUCUUUUGUUGUCGCUUUUUGUGUACGCCACGCAGCCGGCGCGGCAGCGAGACACGAGAGAGGGAGCGGCGGAGGAAGAAGUGACAGUUGAGACGCCGUUGGGAGCAGCUUCAGCAAUGUACACUGCAGGUACGUCAUCUUCCACUCGGCCGAGUAGCACCGGUACGGCACUGACGGAGAACGGAAACGCUGAAGCUGCAGCGCCGCCGCUCUCGUCCCUGUCCCCCCGCCUGCCGAUGCGGUCCGUCCCUAUCAGUGUCAGCUGCAUGCGUCACCUGCUCUCGUGCAUGUCUACUGCUCACGCCGCCGCUAUCCCCACCUCAACCUUAUCACAAAAUCCUCGCGAUUUUCAUCGAAGCGGCAGUAGCAGCAACAACUACAACUCCAGGGGCGCAGAGCCGCUUGCUCAGCCUGCACGGUCGUCCUCCGUUUCCUCGCCAGCCCCCGUGGCGCAGCUCUCGUACACCGAGGCGCGAGCGCUGUUGAUGCUGCACCGUGCAGGGGGAUGGCACGUGGAGCCCUACGUUCACAACGGCCUCCACAUCGACGCCCUCAUGACGGCGCAUGCGGCGCGUGGUGUUCCGCUGGUGACACGGGUGACACCGCUGCCGCCGCCGACGUUCGCGGCCAUGCUGACGGCGCGGUCCAUCAUGCAUGCAUCUGUGUCUCCUGCCGCACUGGGGGGCGCGGACAGUCUCUUUCGCGAUCCCGAGUUUGUUCGAAUGCGGCAGGAGUACGAGAAGGAGCGGCAGCAGCUUUUCCAGUAA